AUGGCGUUAACAUCAAGAAGGCUAGUGUAUUCAAAACACUUAUGUAAAGUUAAUAUCCGGAGCAUAUCGUUACAGGGUUAUAAAGCGAAGGAAACCAGCAUCAAAAAUUCAACUACAGCAGGAACGAGUGAGACUUGGAGCCGAAGGGUUGUAACUGGGUUACAGCCCACGGGGGCGCUGCAUGUGGGCAACUACUUCUCGGCUGUGCAGCGUUGUGUGAAGCUCCAGCAGCAGGGCGAUGAUCUUAUGAUAUUUAUCGCAGAUCUCCAUGCCCACACUACACAACAAAAUGCAACACAAAUUCAGAAAAAUAUAUGGGAAUUGACAGCAUACUUGCUCGCUAGUGGGAUUGACCCCGAACGAAGCAUAUUAUUUGCACAGUCCUCUGUGCCUCGCCAUGCUGAACUUUGCUGGCUGCUAGCCUGCCUCGCGACCCAUGCACGCCUUGCACAUCUGCCACAAUUUAAAGAGAAAUCGGCUACUAUGAAGGAGGUCCCAAUAGGACUUCUUCUGUAUCCAGUACUUCAGGCCGCGGACGUGUUAGUUUAUCGCGGUACGCAUGUGCCAGUGGGUGCGGACCAACUGCAGCACCUGCAGGUUGCGGCUCAACUUGUGCGCACUUUUCACCACCGAUAUGGACGGCUAUUUCCUACGCCCUCCCCUAUCCUACCAGAUGAUGGAAGCGAUCGACUACGAAGUCUUCGUGAUCCCACAAAAAAGAUGUCUAAAUCCGACACUGAUCCCAAAUCAAGGAUACUUCUAAGUGAUUCAGAUGAUGCCAUCAGAUUGAAAUUAAGAAAAGCCGUUACCGAUUUCAACCCACAAGUGACCUUCGAACCCGACAGCCGUCCGGGCGUGUCCAAUCUUGUGACACUCCACUGUCUGGCAGCCGACAAACUCCCAGAAGAGGUCGUUCUGGAGGCAGAGGGAUUAACUACGGCGCGGUACAAGCAAGUAGUGGCAGACGCACUCGUGGCAGCGGUCCGGCCGAUCCGUGAACGAGCCAACGAGCUCCUGGCGCGGCCGGGCCUGCUGCGGGACGUACUGCGACACGGGGCCGCGCGCGCCCGCCGCCGGGCUGACGUGGUCUACGGAGACGUCGCGGAACGGCUUGGUCUCGCCAACGCCGCACUCGAAACUUCCUACGACCUGAAAGUUUCAAAUCAGGCAAUCCCUUUAGGAUCUAAACCAAAGAGAGCAGUCAAACAAGGCGCAUGA